UGCCUGAGAUGCUAUAUCGAUUCAAAUCUGAUGUCUGGGCAUCUUCACAGAUUUUGUCAUCUACUUUAACUCCUUGGCAAUGCUAUAUCCAACAGCACAGAGAUCUAGUACAUAUAACCUGUUGUUAUGCCAGUUGAAAGUUUUCCAUAUUAGCGAUAGCUUGGAUGCCUAGUCUCUGUUUUCUAAGGUUAGAUUUGUUCAGCUUCAAUUUUAUCAGCUGGAACAGAUUCUUAAUUUCGCCAUCUUUCGACAGUGUUAAUGACUGGUUUUUUGUAAUCAUUUCACAUUUCUGGUUGAUGAACCGUUGAGGAAAGCAGCAGCAUUAUCAGAAAAGUUAGGCAGUAGUCUCCAAAAUGAAGAUCUGGUCCGAUUGGUUAUAUUCUGACGGUAUAUAUGUGUUUAUUCUGGAUUGGGGACAGGUUCAUGGUUUCAAAAAAAUGUCUUGUUCUGAGGUUAUCGCUGCCUGAUGUCCACCCUAUGUUUGUUUCUGGAGAGAUUGAUUUUGACUGAUACAUGGGUACCUCCAUAUUUUUCGUCUUUAGAUGUUUGUUGUUGAAAUUAAUGACAUCUUGAUCAGAAGAUACCGAAUCUGUUUGUACACUGUCACUACUGAAAAGAUUAAGUGGGAUUUUCUAAUCAUUUGUUUACAUUCAUUCUUGACUGUAUGGUGGGUUAAGACCAGUGUUUAUACUCCAACUGGUAUCUCAGAUUUUGUGGGAAGUUCAGUUCAGUGUCAUGUUUAUCGUCAGAUGACAGACAUUUACCAUCUGGCUGAUUCUUCUGGUUUGUUUAAGAAUUCUUUGCAAUAUGAAACAAAUUGCAUUGCCUUAUCCUUAGUGGAAAAGAAAAAUUAUGUUGGAAAGAGAUACAGGCCGUCCACGUGGAUUUGGGUUCAUUACUUAUGCAGAUCGUCGUGGAAUGGAAGAUGCAAUACGGGAGAUGCAUGGACAGGAGUUUGGUGACCGGGAAAUCUCUGUGAACAAGGCCCAACCCAAAAUGGGGGGAGAAGAUUUAGACCAUGGCUAUAGGGGGGGAGGUUACUCAUCUGGUGGCAGAGGAAGCUAUGGAGGAGGAGAUAGGUCUUCUGGGCAAGACGACUGUUUCAAGUGUGGGCGCCCGGGUCAUUGGGCCCGGGACUGCCCUUUAGCAGGUGGUGACCGAGGUGGGGGUGGUUCAUUUUCUUCUCGUUCUAGGUUUGGAGGGGCGGGUGGCCGUGGGGAUCGCUACAUGGAUGAUCGUUAUGAUGGAGGUCGCUAUGGAGAUAGGGACCGUUUUGACAGCAGAGACAGCAAAUAUGGAAGCCGUGAUCAUCGUCAUGUUGGUGACAGGUAUCCUCCUGGUGGGGAUCGCUUUGCAAGUGACAGGUAUGGUGGUUCAGAUCGUUAUCCUCAGAAUGGUUAUGGCAAAGACAGGGUCUAUGAUAGGGACGGGGGCUCACGAGCAGGCAGCGAUAGGUAUGGAAGUGGAGGGCCAGCAAGGACUGAGGGAAGAAGUUAUAAGAACAGGUCGGGGCCCUAUGAUCGCCCUGACAGGGCAGGGCGCCCAUCAUCCUUUGAUCGCUACUAGAUGUUUUGUGGUCAUGUCCUUUUGAAGCUUUGAGAUGUACACGCUAUGCUAGUAGGCUUUUUUUGGUUUUUUCUGAAGGUAGGACAGCAGGUUUGAUGGAUUACUUGCCCCUUUCAUCUGUUAAUUUCCCUUAUUGUCGUUGCAAAACUGAAUGAAUGCUUGACGACCAUUCUCCA